UUGUCGCUGACUGCUGAGCUCAGUGUAUAAUUGUAUUGGCAAAGCAACCGAGGCGAAGAUAAGUUGAGAGAAAAAUGGCCGAAGAAAUUGUUCUUAUCACUGGAACAUCCGCUGGUCUUGGUCUUUCGACAGUUUAUGUGCUUGCAAAGCAAACAGACAAGAAAUUUAAAGUGUACGCAUCAAUGAGAAAGUCAAGCAAGAGAGAUGAAUUGUUAGAGAAAACUGCUGGUUGUCGCAAUGUUGUUGUAAUCGAAAUGGAUGUUUGUUCAGAAGAUUCUGUGAACGCUGCUGUAAAAGAAAUUCUGGAGAAGGAGGGAAGAAUCGAUGUUGUUGUGAACAACGCUGCUACUGGCUGGUGUGGUGUACUCGAGGUGCAGCCUUGGGAAACUAUCACAGGCACCUAUGAUACGAACGUAUUUGGGGUACUGCGCGUCAUCCGUGCUGUUGUUCCCUCUAUGAAGAAAAACAAAAAAGGGCGCAUCAUUAACAUCAGCUCAACUGCAGGAUUACAUUCUACUCCGUUCCUGACCGUGUAUGGCUCAUCGAAAUAUGCUUUAGAAGGAAUUACGGAUUCUUUGGCGCCUGAGCUUGCAUCGUUUAAUGUUCAUAUUGUAAGCAUUCAACCAGGCGCUAUAAAAACACGAAUGCUAACUCGAUUCUCCUUCGACAGUGAGCAACUAGCAGAUGAUGACCCAUCGAAAUUGCUUGGAGAAAAGUUUAUUCAAACCUCUGCUGCCGAAGUAAUAAAUCAAGCUCAAACACCUGAAGAAGUGGUCGAAUAUAUUCUAAAAGCGAUUACUGACGAAAAGCCACAGCCACGUUACCUCACUUCUAAAGGGUUUGAAGAAUUUGCCAAAUCAAAAUUUUGUGAUCUAACUGGUAGAAUUCCUUUUGAAAUGAGCAAUGCAUUUUUGGAAUAAUUUUUGUCACAAUUUAUACUAAUGUAAUCAUUUUCAAAUAAAUUUUACAUGUAACCUUGCAUAA